AUGGCGGUGGGUACUGUUGUCAUUUCAAUAAACCUCGUCAACGAGAUCGAACAAAACUACACGAACUACAAAGACCUAUCUGAUAGAGAUUCUGAUGUCCGCAAAACAUCCCCGUCGAAUUCCAUCACUGACCGAGUCGUCGUAACUCAGCAACGAUUUGACACAACAUACUCCACAACCAUGGAAUCGUUCGACAUGAGUUCCAUGGCCGCUUCGAUCGGCGUUUCCGUCGCCGUUCUCCGUUUCCUCCUCUGCUUCGUCGCAACGAUCCCAAUUUCCUUCGCUUGGCGACUCGUCCCGAGUCGACUCGGUAAACACAUCUACUCGGCUGCUUCUGGAGCUUUCCUCUCUUAUCUCUCCUUUGGCUUCUCCUCAAAUCUUCACUUCCUCGUCCCAAUGACAAUCGGCUACGCUUCAAUGGCGAUUUACAGACCAAUGUCUGGAUUCAUCACUUUCUUCCUCGGCUUCGCUUAUCUCAUUGGCUGUCAUGUGUUUUAUAUGAGCGGAGAUGCUUGGAAAGAAGGAGGAAUCGACUCUACUGGAGCUUUGAUGGUGUUAACGCUGAAAGUGAUUUCGUGUUCCAUAAAUUACAACGAUGGGAUGCUGAAAGAAGAAAGUCUCCGUGAGGCUCAGAAGAAGAACCGUUUGAUCCAAAUGCCAUCCCUCAUUGAGUACUUCGGUUAUUGCCUUUGUUGCGGAAGCCACUUCGCUGGACCGGUUUUCGAAAUGAAAGAUUAUCUCGAGUGGACCGAAGAGAAAGGAAUUUGGUCUGUUUCUGGAAAAGGAAAGCGACCUUCUCCGUAUGGAGCAACGGUUCGAGCUAUAUUCCAAGCUGGGGUUUGUAUGGCUCUGUAUCUCUAUCUAGUACCUCAGUUUCCGUUAACCCGGUUCACCGAACCGGUGUACCAAGAAUGGGGAUUCUGGAAGAGAUUCGGUUACCAGUACAUGGCCGGUUUCACUGCUCGCUGGAAGUAUUACUUCAUAUGGUCCAUCUCAGAGGCUUCCAUCAUCAUCUCCGGUUUGGGUUUCAGCGGCUGGACCGACGAGAAAUCUCAAACAAAGGCGAAAUGGGACCGUGCCAAGAACGUAGACAUUCUAGGCGUUGAGCUAGCUACGAGCGCGGUUCAGAUCCCGCUCGUGUGGAACAUACAAGUCAGCACUUGGCUCCGUCACUAUGUGUAUGAGAGAAUUGUGAAGCCCGGGAAGAAAGCUGGUUUCUUUCAGUUGCUCGCUACACAAACCGUUAGUGCCGUCUGGCAUGGACUGUAUCCUGGAUACAUUAUAUUCUUUGUUCAAUCAGCAUUGAUGAUCGAUGGUUCAAAGGUUUUGGUUCUCAAUUACUCAUCCGUUGGUUUCAUGGUUUUGAGCUUGCACGAGACACUCGUCGCCUUCAAGAGUGUAUAUUACAUUGGAACAGUUUUGCCUAUCACUGUGAUUCUGCUCAGCUACUUAGUUCCUGUGAAGCCUGUGAGACCAAAGACCCGGAAAGAAGAAUAA